UCAGAGAAGUCUGAAUGCUGUGUGGAUCCUGCUUGAGCUUCACUGCCUGGCUUAGAUUCUUAACAAGAAGAAAGGAUCUGCGCGUUGUUAGAUUUCUUCCCAAUCGGUUUGCUAUCAGUGUUGUAAGAAUACAUUUAUAUUGGUGAUAAGAGCUGCCAAUGUAAUGCCUUUUCUGAAAGAUGUCGAGAAGAAAGAUCCACUCUGUAAGGAGUGGGACAGGAAAGCACAGAAAUCUGGCCUAAGACAUACAGUUUACUCUGUAAAUGGAGACCAGUACACAGGAGAAUGGUUAAACAACUUAAAACAUGGCAAAGGUACUUACAUCUGGAAAAAGACAAAAUCCAUUUAUGAAGGAGAGUGGAAAUGUGGAAAAAGAAGUGGCUUUGGGGCAUACAGUGAACAAGAUCCAAACACAGGCCAAUAUGUAAAGGUUUACUCCGGCUCUUGGGAAAACGACAAAAAACAUGGAUACGGCACACAUUACUACACAGAUAAGGAAUAUUAUGAAGGAGAUUGGAAGUCUGGCGAGCGAAGCGGCUGGGGGAGAAUGUACUUUGCAGACGGAGGGAUCUAUGAAGGAGAAUGGCUGAAAGACAAACCCAGCGGCCAGGGAAUGCUGCGUUUAGCAAACGAAAACCGUUAUGAAGGUUCAUGGAAGAGUGGAAAUAAGCACGGUCCUGGCAUAUUCUACUACUUUGAUAAAGGUGUGCUGUAUGAUGGCGUGUGGGUAAACGAUAUCCCAAAAUGCGGGACCAUGAUUGACAUUGGACGUGCAGAGGCGCCAUCGCCAACACAGUAUCCAAUACCAGAGGUGAAAUUGGAAGAUCCAAAGGGAGUGCUUGAAAAAGCUCAGGCCUCAUUUCUUGAAGAUCAAGAAUAAGGAAAUGUUUCUAAACACACAUCACCAAGGCAUUUAGGUAAAAAGGACAAUGUAGCAUGUAAUGAAUAAGAACAAGAAAUAAAAAUCUUUUCCUAAAUAA